AAUAACUCUAGAUGCUAAAAAGUUAAAAAUGAAAACAUUGGCACGUGUGCUUUAGUUUUUAUAAUUUACAUAAUAAAUAUUAGUGUUUUAUAGAACGGUCAAAAUGAGUGAAUUAAUACCAAUAUGGAAUCAGAAAUUUGUCAAACCACCAUUAAUUUGUAACAUGAAGACUGAAAUAACAUCAGAUAAUAUAGAUAAACUAAAGAGUAUAAAGCAAGUUUUAAACAAAUGUUCAGUUGUAUUACAAGAUGAUAGUGUAUUAUUAUUUGAGAUAGGAACGUUAUCCAGACUCCUAUAUAAACGAGGUCUACAAUUACGUAGAGAAAAAACUAUGCAGUAUUUAAAACAGAUUAGUAAAUGUAUGAAAAAAUAUAUGGACAUGAAGCUGAAGGAACACAUAAUAACAUUUACUAAAGAUUUUUCUGAAAAUGAGUUUAAAAGAGGAAUAUCUGUUUAUCUUCCAUCAAGACAGAUGUUAGAACAUAUAUUAGUUCAAUAUAUCAGUGUAGCCAUGUUAUUAUCUCAGACUAUCAACUACUGUGUUAAUGCAUUUAUUUGGUGUAAGAUGAAUCUAGAACAUGGUCACCUGGUACCACAGUAUCUCAUCUUUAUCAGUGUUACUAGUAGAAUAUGGGCAAUAUUUAAAUGUUUAUAUGUAAAUGUUGUUAAAUGGUAUCAACAAUUAUUAUAUCUACGAUUUACUCUACAACCAACACAAGUAGAAUGGUUGUCUCCUACAGAUGUUCUAUCAAAAGAUUUGGAUGUUUUUGUAAAAAGUCAGAUAACCCCAGUUUUACAACCAAACAGUAAGAAAGAUGAAACCAAGAUGGACAUUAUGAUGAAGAAAUAUUUCAAUCAAAAUCUGGAUGAUAAUAAGGAAAAAAAUCCGGACAGGGAAAAUCCAGAAAUGUCAGAAGAAUUUGUCGGGGAUAAAGAAGGGGAUGUGAUGAUGGAGGAGGAAUUUGAGGAAGAAAUUGCGGACAAUGUAAUUGUUGAAGAUAUGGGAGAACCAGUUUCAAGACAAAGGGUCAAGAAUUCCUCGAAGAUCAAAGAAAAAAAAAGGAAGAGGAAAAAAGAAUUGUCAGUCUCAGAAAAUCCAGAAACGGAUGUUUGCACUGCGAACAUAGAAAAAUCUCAGGAUGUUUCCAAUUCCAGCGUGAUUGACAAAAGUUCUGUUAAACAGUGUAAAAGUUUCAAUGAUUUGAUUAAGAUAUUAAACACAUGCUCUGAUGCCAUAAUUCCAAAUAAACAUAAAAAAUGUCUGAGAGUUGUGAAACACCUCAAAUCUCAGUAUCUCAAAUCAAAACGAAAGAGAGACAACUCUCACAAAAUUAAAAAAAUACUGUUAAAAGAAGCUAAACAAAAUGUGAAAGUUUUUGUUACAAAAUACAGAGUCGUACAAAAGAAAAAGUUAAAGAGGACUAAAAUUUCUAAAAGAGUAAAUGAAAAUUCAGAUGUGGAGAGUUAUGGAGAAUCGUCACAAGUGAGUGAAGAUUCGUUCGUCGAAAAUAAUAUCCAGGAAAAUGUACAAACUGAAAAUCGGGCAUUAAAAGUGUCUACUCCAAAUAAUCCAAAACUCAAAAUCCAUGAUUUUGAAAGCUUAAAAAACAUAAUAGAUGAAGUUGAACAAAAUUCUGAGUUAGUUUUACAAAGGACAAGAAUUGCUCUGACUAAAAAACAGCGGAGACUAACUCUUAAAAAACUUAAAUUUUGUCAACAGAAAUGUGAAAGUGGUUCAUUUAAGACAAGAAAAAAGGAGGCGUUUUUAUUAAAAGCUAGCAGGGAUGUUGAAGUGGUUCUACAAUUAAUAAAAAAUCAAUAAAAAAAACA